UUCAAUCUCUCGUCGUCGUGCUUGAUCUCUCGUCACGUUUUUCAGCCCUCGAAGUCAAUCGCCACCAUUGAUCAACAUCGCUACCGCAGUCAACAAGUAGCGAGUCGAGUGUAGGCAUAGGCCUAGGCUUAGUGAAUUUAUAAUGAGUUGGCUAAGGCCAAGGGUCUGGAUGAAUUUUUAUCGAUUUUUUUCCAAUCAAUAUUCAAUGGAAACUAAGAUACCAAAGUAUGUGAAGAUUGUUGAGGUAGGUCCACGGGAUGGACUCCAAAAUGAAAAGGAGCUGGUCUCCACAGAAGUGAAGGUAGAGUUUAUUAACAGGUUGUCACAGACAGGGCUGCCAGUCAUUGAAGCUACCAGUUUUGUUUCUCCAAAAUGGGUCCCCCAGAUGGCAGAUCAUAAAGAGGUGAUGGAGCAGAUUAGCAGGCAUCCCUCUGUGAAAUAUCCUGUCUUGGUUCCAAAUUUGAAAGGCUUUCAGUCGGCAAUAACAGCAGGAGCGGAGGAGGUGGCCAUAUUUGGUGCAGCAUCAGAAUCCUUCUCUAGGAAGAAUAUAAAUUGUUCAAUUGAGGAAAGUUUAGACAGAUUUGAAGAAGUAAUGGAUGCAGCAAAACAAGCUAACAUUCCAGUAAGGGGUUACGUAUCAUGUGUAGUUGGUUGUCCAUAUGAAGGGCAAGUGUCACCUAGUGCAGUAACUAAGGUAGCAAAGAGAAUGUGCGAUAUGGGUUGCUAUGAGAUCUCACUUGGAGACACUAUUGGAGUAGGCACUCCAUCUGCUGUUCAGAGGAUGAUAUUUGCCGUUAUGAAUGAAAUUCCGGUGGAUAAACUUGCCGUCCAUUUCCACAACACUUAUGGUCAAGCUUUAGUUAAUAUAUUAGCUGCCUUGCAGCUGGGAAUAAGUGUUGUAGAUUCAUCUGUCGCUGGUCUUGGUGGUUGUCCGUAUGCCAAAGGUGCAUCUGGUAAUGUUCCAACAGAAGAUGUUGUAUACAUGUUAGAUGGAAUGGGGAUUGAAACGGGUGUUGAUCUUGGAAGGUUGAUAAAUGCAGCAGACUUUAUUUGUAAGGCGAUUGGACGACGGUCAUUAUCAAAUGUUGGUCAGGCUAAAGGUCACCUUUAAGUUAUCCAUCUACCAUAGUAGCUCAGAUGGUUGGGGGUUGAAGGGAGUUGAGAGUACAAUUUGAGGUCCAAAUAGAAAAUCCAUCAUGAAGCAGGAAAGUGUACUAUGAUAUGGAUAAUGAACUGUAGGAUGCAAUGGGACUUAAAUUUAAGAGGAAAAGCUACUAAUGGUGUCAGUAUACUGUUACUGUUAAUUUUCAAAAAACAUGCACGCUAAAUGUAAUGUAAAACAAUGAGUACAGUAACGAUGUUGUUAAACUAGGUGGAAUUUGAUGAGGCGAUUCACAAAGUUUUGUAGACUUUUCAAUUAUUAUUUCGCACCACUACAGAUUCUCUAAUUGGAUAGGCAGGCUAAAUUAGUACGAGCAACUUUACAUGUGUACUUUUGUUAUCCUUAGUUCUAAAGUAUUGUAACCUUCUUCUGUCAGGACAGUGGAACUUGCUGACAUUUUCGCCAUUUGACUUUCCAUGCUUCUUUGUUUUACUACUCCCUGUUAUGUUGUGGUUGCGUGACCAUGGCGUAUUAUACCUGUACAUGAGUUUUCACAAGUAAAAUGUUGUGAACAUCCAGUCUCCUCUUUUCAGCAGCUCAUCACACGAAGCGACAUGAUAAAAUAAGUACUAUGGAAUCCAACUGCUAUUUACAAGUCUUUAUUUCUUUCACUACAAGGUUACAUUGCGCUACAGUAUUCUUCAUCUACAUCAAAUCAAAGCGAAAGCGGUUCUCCCCAAUUUUCAAUUUUCUCCUAUUUUUUAUAGCCUCAGAUAUUCAAAUUAAGGCUUCUAAACUGGCUGAGGAAAACCUGUCUUAUCUUUGGUCAAUUUCUCAUUUUUCAAUUUUCCCUCCGAAAUUCUAAUCUUAGAUAUAUCCUGAAAUUGGCAGACCGUAUAUGAAGGAUUGAGGUUAGCAUGUAAUUGCUAUAGCAGUCCUUCCAUAAUAUCUUUGAACUUGUGUAACCAGUUUCUUGUUGAGCAUAGUGAAAGCUAUAGUGCAUGCUCCCUUGUCUUGAACAAGUGUCAUGGGGAUUUACAUGAUUCUGUGUCACAGACACCUUUGACUUUGCUGACUCGCAUUGGAAAAUUUCCCUUUCUUGUUAGACAACAUAUAGAUGAUCAUGCUUUUUAUCUAACAAAUGCUGCUUCUCUGCCUCUCUCUGGUUUGAAGACUGAUUAAUUCUUUGGUUAUGACAAGUCCAAUACAAUCCAUGGCUUGGUCAUUCAGAAAUAAUUGCUUAUCAUUUAUUAAAUUAGGAUAUACAGUACCUUUGGUACUCUGUAACAUGAUUGAACAAAGAUAUUACACUUUUUAUUUGAUUCUUCUUACUAUAAGCAUCAACAUUAUACAUGAAAAGUUUCUCCUGACUUCACCUUUGGUGAUGGAUGAUGGUAGUGGUCUGGAUUGGGGAUCUGCAUUUUCAAAACCCAGGUACCAGACCUGGAAUUAAAGACCAUGGGUUUAUGCAUAAUGUGUUAUGUACUAUAUAGGUUUAAGGACUAAAUUUGUUUGAGUUGUACUUUGCUCCUCCUGAUUUCUUCAAUUUCAACUCAAUUCCAUGAAAGUAUGAUGCCAUUUUUGCAUAUCCAGGAACUAAUCUUCUAUAGUAGUUUGAGAGGCCGAGAAAGCCUCUAAACUUUCGCCAAUCACUACAGCUGUACUACAUUUUCUCGCGAUGGCGCAUUACCAUAUGCACACUCAAAUAUUACCAAGAUUAGACUUUGGUCCGAAAAAACGACACUUUCCAGGUUUGACCUUUAAGUUGAGCUCACCAAGCUGGAACAACCAUCCCAAAUCUCCUCUAAGUUUCGUCAAACAUAAAGCAAUUGCCCCAGUCCAAGUUUCUGAUUUCCAAUUGGCAUGAAUACAAUAAAGAAUAAUGGUAUUUAUACACAUCCAGGUAGUCUAGUAGAGUUCGAAAAUUUUGGUCUUCUAAUACCUUGUCCAAACCAAAUGGCAGUUUAGUACACUCAUAGAGUCCUCCAGUGCCAGUUAGAAAAACUGUCUUCUCAGCGUGUGGAAUUUGAUAGAUUCCGUGGGCCAGAUCUUGUGUACGGAAGAAGUAUUUUGCACCAGUAAGAACAUACAAUGCCUCAUCAAUUCUAAGAAGUGCGUGGACACCUUUAUAUGUUUUGCAUCUCCUUCGUUCAAUAAUUUCUUCAUUCUUCUACAAAACUCCAUCCAGCACAACUCUCAUUUCACCUGCUAUUGUCGUUUUCAUUGGUUUGAUGGCUUGAAGGGAUAAAAGCACAUCCCUUAUUAAUGCUAAAUCUGGUACCUUCUCCUUUAGAUGUUGCCAUGCUCCAUUUUCUCCGUCACAUGGAAGUCAGUCUGAUAUUUGAUCUUGUAUAUUUACUGGGUGUAGUUCUCAGUUAUACCAGUUCACUGUCAUGUGAUGAAAGGCCCCUCUCUUCUACCUCGUGGUGCACCAGGGGAUUAUGGUCUGUGAAUACCAUGCAUCUGCAUUCAGUUAAGUACUGACUAAAGUUUUCAGUCACAGACCAUUUUAACACUAGCAAUGCGAUCUUAAAACUAGGUAUUCAGCUCCCACUAACCCUCUUCUGACAAAGGCGAUAGGGUUUACUUUUUCGCCACUGUCCGCUUGAAUCAAGCAGGCACCAAGACCUCAGAAAGUUCCAGAAUGAAUGGGUGAACAUGCUAGAACUGGCGUCUUUCAAUGUCCCAGUCGCUUCAUCGUCUUCUCAACACAACUUCCUCACUUGUUUGGUUGCUUUGCUCUUCAAUGGACAGCUCUUCCCUGUAUAUGCAGUGGAGCUGCUAUGUGUGUGAAUCCAGGUAUAAGUCUUCGGUAGUACGGAGACAGACCUAGGAAAGAACUAAUGGUAACUACUGUACCUCACUUGCACAUGUCAGAAUAGGCCAGUUUCGGAUCUUCUUCGCUUUUUUUUUAUGAGUCACAGCUACUCCCCUUGCUGACACAACAUGCCCCAAGUAUUCUCUCUCUCUGUGCAUAUGACAUUUCUUGCCCUGCACCUUUAGACCAUUCUAUUCUAACCUGGUCAGCAUUUUAUCCAGUCUGUGGAGAUGUUGUUCUAUAGUGGUAGAGAAGAUUAAUAUAUCAUCUACGUAUAAGAUUACUUCAUUAAGAUUCACAUCUCCGAAGAUAUAUUCCAUUACUCUCUGGAAAGUGCUAGGGCUGUUGAUCCCUGGGCAUUAGAUUAAAUUCAAAGAGGCCCGUGGUACUCUGAA